AUGGAUCCGGCGCUGGGAGCCGCGUCGCCCAUGUCAGGUGGCAACAAUCAGGCCCCCGGUUUAGCCGCCCUUCCGAAACGCGAAGAGAUUCCUUCAAGUCGAAGUUCGAUGGCCGAUUCUGCCUCCGAAAUGUCCGAAAGCGACACUGACGCAAUGUCCUUAUCAGGCAUUUCAGGAUUCUCUGACUACAAUCGCGGCUCGACAAGGCAAAGAACGAUCAUUGAGGAGCAAUCUCAGCGGAUAAAUACGAUGGCACAGGAGAAUCGAGUGAUGAAAAUUGAAAUCGACAAAUACAAGAUCCAAGUCGGAGCUCUCCAGGAAGAAAUAAGAAGACUCCGACAAGCGUCCGUCAAUAUUCAAGCGCGCGCAGAGCAGGAGGAGGAAUACAUCUCCAACACGCUUUUGAAAAAGAUUGAAGAGCUCAAAAAGGAAAAGGAAACGCUAGCAAAUUAUUACGAGAAGGAAGAAGAAUUCUUGACAAAUCAGCUCAGCAAGAAACUUAACCACCUUCGACACGAAAAGUGCAAUUUAGAGAGAACCCUAGAACGCGAGCAAGAAUAUCAAGUCAAUAAGCUCAUGAAAAGAAUCGAAAGAAUGGAGCGGGAAGCUCAAACGAAGCAUACUUCCUUGGAUCAGCUUCGCCGAGAAAAAGUAGAGCUAGAAAAUACUCUCGAGCGAGAGCAAGAAGCUCUAGUCAAUCGGCUCUGGAAAAAGCUUGAGCGGCUUGAGACCGAGAAGAAGCACCUUCAAGCAAAGAUUAAUGAAAAGCAUGCUUCCGGUACCCAAGUGGAGCAACCAAGCAGCAACCCCCGCCCAGUUGUAAAGAACGACAAUUCAGAAAAAGUAGAAUCACAUGUAAAACACCUAAAACGAGAAGUCGACCGGCUACGCAAGCAGCUCUUUCAAUCAACCCACGAAAGUUCUGCGCAAAUGCGCUCGAUGGAGACAGAAGAGAGGCAGCUCCGAGAGAAGAAUAUGCAUCUUCAGAGAAAAUUGCAACAAGAGAUCGAGCGGCGCGAAGCACUCUCCCGUCAUCUUUCUGAGUCUGAGUCCAGUCUCGAGUUGGAGGCUGAUGAGCGUUAUUUUCAAAACGACUUGGCGUACACUCGCGGUCGUCACUCGCCUGGCCCGUACAGUUCCAUCCACCCAGCCACAGUUUCUUCCGUUUCUUCAAGUUCAUCCGGGUUUGUCCAGACAUCAAGCUCGGCUUUCACGACACCGGUCAGUCCUUAUCGAAGCAACAACCAUCAAAACAACGCCAUUCCACAGCGAUCUUCCCGUUCUGUAACGACCCCGGACCGGUUUGUAAAGCCGAGUCCCCCACCAAGCCCAGGUCAACAACGCUUAAAAGACUACUAA